AUGCGCCCCGAGCCUCGCGAGAACCCGCCAAAAAGUGUUACCCUCGAAAAUCUCAAAUGGGAUCAUGACUCGACCUUUGGUGACUCAGCACGCGCCCCGCGUGGGUCCCUCAGCGCCGCGUCACAAGCAGACCGCGCGUGGGGACCGAAAUCCUUCGCAUCCGCGCCCUCGCACAUCUCAUCGCCGCCGUCGAUCGCUCGAAAGCCGAGCCCGACCCGCCGCGCGACCGACCGAGCCUACCCGACGCCCCCGCCGGUUCGACCCAAAAAGGAGUCGCAUCCGAGACGCCGUAGAAACCUAGAUUUGACAUCGCGGACGCAAUGGCGAACCGAGAGAGGGCGUGCGAGAGGGUCCGUCAUCUGA